UGACUAUAUAUAUCAAUCUAAAGAAUCAGUUGCCCUUCAGCGCAAGCUAAAGAAACACACACGACACACAGUAAAGCUUCGAUCUUUUCCUCACCCAACUUAUCCGCAGCCAUGUUGAAAGUAAAUGUAAAGUGGCAGAAGGAAAUGUUUUCCAAUCUGGAAGUAGACACUACCCAGCCCCCAUACGUUUUCAAGUGCCAGCUAUAUGACUUAACAGGAGUUCCACCCGAAAGACAAAAGAUUAUGGUCAAAGGUGGCUUAUUAAAGGAUGAUUCAGAUUGGUCAAAAGUAGGAAUCAAAGAGGGCCAAAAACUAAUGAUGAUGGGAACUGCGGAUGAGAUUGUAAAGGCUCCAGAGAAAGGACCUAUUUUUGCAGAAGACAUGCCAGAAGAAGAACAAGCUGUUGCUGUUGGCCAUUCGGCUGGAUUAGUAAAUCUGGGAAACACAUGUUAUAUGAACUCCACAUUGCAAUGUUUGCAUUCUGUUCCAGAAUUGAAAUCUGCCUUGAUAGAGUAUCCUCCUCCGGUAAGAAGCAAUGCAGUGGAUCAGUCUUCCCAUUCAUUGACUGUGGCAACUAGGGAAUUAUUUAGUGAACUUGAUAAAAAUGUCAGGCCAGUGGCACCUGUGCGAUUUUUAACGGCUUUGCGGAGUAAGUAUCCUCAAUUUGCGCAGCUUCACAAUGGAAUUUACAUGCAGCAGGAUGCUGAAGAGUGUUGGACACAACUUUUGUUCACCCUUUCGUUGGCACUCAGAUCAUCGAGUUCUGGUGAAGAUGCUGAUGCGUUGAAGAAAUUUUUUGGUAUCGACCUUGUUAGCAGGAUCCACUGUGCUGAAAGUGGUGAAGAAAGUACGGAGACGGAAUCUGUUUAUUCGCUUAAAUGCCAUAUUUCACAGGAGGUUAACCAUCUACAUGAAGGUUUAAAGCGCGCCCUGAAAUCAGAAUUGGAGAAGUCUUCGCCUUCUCUUGGUCGGACUGCUGUGUACACUAAAGAUUCUCACAUAAAUGACUUGCCAAGAUAUCUGACCGUUCAAUUUGUCCGUUUUUUCUGGAAAAGAGAAACAAACCAGAAGGCCAAGAUUCUGAGGAAAGUGGACUACCCAUUGUCGUUAGAUGUGUAUGAUUUGUGUUCUGAUGAUCUUCGCAAGAGAUUGGAACUUCCUAGACGGGUUCUACGAGAUGAGGAAGGGAAGAAGGCUGGUCUGAAAACUAAUGAAAGUAGCUCGACAAAGGACAGCGAUGUUAAGAUGACUGAUGCUGAGGGAUCAUCAAAUGCAAGCGGGGCUUCCUCUGUAUCUGCACCUACUGGAGAAGGUGCUCCCCCUGAGAAAGAGAAACACUCGACAGGAAUAUACGAUUUGGUUGCAGUGCUCACACACAAGGGUAGAAGCGCUGAUUCCGGGCAUUACGUUGCCUGGGUUAAACAAGAAAAUGGAAAAUGGAUUCAAUUCGAUGAUGAUAAUCCAAUUCCACAACGAGAGGAAGACAUCACCAAACUAUCUGGAGGCGGUGAUUGGCAUAUGGCUUACAUCUGUAUGUACAAGGCCCGCGACAUCGCCAUGUAGCUGUAGGCCGACCUGAUUAUUCAUUGUUCGAAUUAAAAUUAAUCCUUUCUAUUUUAGUCUAGGUUUCUACAUCCAACACUACAUUUGUUCAAUUGCUGAGACAUUGAAAUUUUCUAAUUCCACAAAUCAUGUUUGUAGACUGCUUCACCUUUUUAUGCUUAAAAUGCAUUGAUUGUUGUAACUUUUCUUCA